GCUGCCGCCGCCUGCCUCUCCCCCAUCUUCCGUGGCCGGGACUGGUUUGAGGCUGCGAUGCCCUGGCUCUACGAGUGGCCGCUGCUCCUCCACCUCAAGCAGGGAUUAAGCAGGUACGCGGGGUCCCUGGCCGAAGCGGUGGACAUGGACAGGCUGCUGGGCAGCCGCUCGCUGCGGGAGCUGGAGGAAUCCCUCUUCUGCCGGACCCGGAGCCGCCCCACGAGCUGGGAGGUCUACUGGGAACGCAACGAGCCCCUGCGCGACGCGGACGAGGCGGCCGUGCCGGUGCUGUGCCUGUGCAGCGCCGACGACCCCGUGCGCGGCCCCCCGGCCCGCAGCCUGCCCAUGGAGCUCUUCCGCAGCAGCCCCUACUUCUUCCUGCUGCUGACCCCGCGCGGGGGGCACUGCGGCUUCCCCCGCCGGGCACCGGGGCGCUGCUGGGGCCACGAGGCCGUGCUGGAGUAUUUCAGGGCCAUGGCCGAGUUCCUCCGGACGGAGGAGCGCAGGAAGGGGCAGCCGCGGCCCCGCAGGUGGGGGGGCCCCGCCGCCGAGCCCCCCGUGUUCACCUGGCAGAGGUCCUACACGCGGUAGCCCCCCUUCCCCGGGGGGCUCAGAAAGGCAGGCAGACACUCCGUGUACUAAA